AUGAGUUUCAAUACGAAGCAUUUGAGUUAUGAGAAAAACGAGCCUACAUUUCUUCGAAAAUUAAGAAGCGAAUACGGCGAUGGCAGUGGCGUUCGCAACGGCAGACCAAAUCCACGUCCUACUAAGAAGAAGGAUGCUGAUGAUGACGACGCCCCUACCUACGUGGACGAGGAAAAUAACGAGGUAAUUUCCAAAGAGGAAUAUGAUGCGUUGAUGAGAGGUGACGGCGAUAACAAAGUCGCAAAAGACUCUGGAACUAUUGGGAAUGAGGAUGAGGAAACUAAGUCAGCAAACUAUGAUGGAAACGACGAUGCACAAGGAGAAUUGCAAAGUUCCCAGGCCAAACAAAAACAGCAUUUUGCCGGGAUUGGUGGCGCUAAAAAGCGAAAGCAAGCCAAACGGCAGGAAAACCUUAGUGCUUACUCAAUGAAUUUGCGGCUGGGAGCGGACGGCAAGUUUUGGGCUCUGUCUCAGAGAGAUACUACUAGCAUGAACCAGAGAGUGGUGUCUGAGUAUAUAUAA